AUGUGGGUCUAUGCAUGCGUAAGUUCUGUUGUUUUUGUUGCUACUGCUGCUGCUGUUGCUGUAGGUGGUGUUGUUAGUGUUAGUGUUAUUGGUAUUGGUAUUGCUAUUGGUAUUGGUAUUACUGUUGUUGUUGUUCCCGUCGGUUCGCUCUCUGUUUUUGUUAUGUACUUUGGCCACUGUGCUGUCCCUAAUUAUGACCCUUCCCACCCCUUCAGAGUAAAAAAAAAUGGUGUAUUAUCCCCGAACAGAAACAGCCCCCCCCAUUUCCGUUCGGUUAGAUCCGGCACUCUCAAUACUGCCCUUGCGAUCUCUGUCCAUGGGACUCCAGACCCGCAUUAUUGA